UGUUAUAGCGCUAGAGUCGACCGUCGUUGCUCGAGCAGCUCGACGGCUCGACUGGUUCGAGUGCGCUCGGCUAUUCUCCUUCGUGAUCGCUCGUAGUUUGCGUCUGACAGUGCGAGUGUCCGAUUGUCGUGUGACGAUCCGCGAGGGCCCGUCUGGGCCCACGAGAGAAGACGACGCUUAAAAUUUCGUUCGCUCGCUCGCGAUAAUAGACACAAUGACACAUUCGAUAACAUUGCGAACAUUGAAGGUUUCUGGGAUAGAUGCGGCAACGACAAUCGACGCGAUAAUAACGAUAACGUUACAACAGCGCAUCCAUUUACCACGAUAGCGCGUUGCUGCCAACAGGAAAGGAGCGUGUCGAAUCGAAUCCUCGUAGCUCUCGACACGGAUGUAUCGCGUCGUACUCGCAUUUUAUAAAGGAAAUGUACAUGUGACAUAUGCGAGAAAGAUUAUCGUCGUUACGAGCAGCACGAUACGAUACGAUACGAUACGAUACGAUACAAUAUAAUAUGAUACGAUACGAUACGAUACGAUACAAUACGAUACGUGUAUGUACACGUGAGAAACAAGAGAAGAUACGAGUUACUGUGGCGUGAAGAAUAAAAAAUAAUAUAUACAUACGUAAAUUUCUGCGCGAAUCGAUCAUAUAUAUCAGCGUGAUAGAGGUAAGUAAUAAGUGGGCGCCAUUCGGAAAGUAACAGUGUCGAAGCAAAACUGUAAACUGUGAAGUUGUUCGCAAUUUCUACAACGUUACAAACUGUUUGGUAAACUAUGCGCGGCAUCUGAAACGUCAGUAGGACAAGCGAGUGCGCGCGUGUCAUCGUCGUCAACGUGUGUUUCGUCACUCUUGUAUGGACCACGCGCGUAGUGGUCUCUCGCAUAUACAUAUACAAUAGGCACGCAACAGACGACGGUGUGUCGUGAUAUCGCGUCGCGCGCGGGCAUUUACUUGUCUCUCGUACCGUCUCUCUCCGUUCAACUAGUCGAUUGACGGCGCGCCUCGUUUUCGCGCUCGCGCUCGCGUCGCGAGCGCGACCGCGACCGCUCGUUCCGCUUGUUCGCUAGCGGAGUUUUCACCGCGGCACGACACACGACACGCGUACGUGUGCGAUACGCGACGGACUACGAGACGGACGCGACCGGCUUGCCGGAGCGGAUCGAAUCGGAGACCGUGGAAAUAUUCCCGGAUAAUGGAGAUUGCCGCGUGUAUGCCGUAGAUUGAAGCGAUCCGCUGCAAAAUCUUUUCGCCGUGUAUUUUUACGGAGAAGGUGGAGGUGAACGAGGAAACGACAGAAGAGGACGGAGGAGGUGGAGGAGGACGAGGACGAGGACGAAAAAGAGAGAGAGAGAGAGAGACAGAUUAGGUUAGAUUGAACUCGCGUCACCCCGUCCCCACUCCCCUCGCUGCGGCAUCGAAGCGCUCCAUCUCACUUCGACGCGCCGAUACCCGUUUCCAUCUGACCCGUUCCAUACGCGCCUGAAAAGACGAAGACAGUAAGAAAAGAGGGUGAAACAAUACGCGCCUGGAGAAUCGGAGGAAAAGCGGGAGAAAAACACAAAUGCCGAUCGCCGGUGGAAUGCUGCUCCCUGAAUCGGCUUCCCACUACGUCCCUCCCGUCACUGGCAUGCUACGUUUCAUCGAUAGACUUUCAGGAAAGCGGCGGCACGUGCGCCAGAGUUCUGGCCCAGGUGGUGGAGCCCGUGGUAGUACUAUCGAGGAAACGCAAGAAGGAGAAGUUAACGAUACAAGAUACGGAGGGAUAAGAGUCGAAGAGAUUAACUCGCCGCUGGUGGCAAAGGGCAAAGUUUGGUGUGACGAUAGCGGUAUUACUAACCGCCAUUAUCAUUCACCGUCUCACCUCCACCAUCUUCGUUACCGUAAUCAUUGUCAUCCAUCGCGUCGACGGUACCACCAUCGAAGGGACACUGACGAGGACGAUAACAUCAAUGACAACGGCGGCGAUAAGGAUAAUGAUGACAGUGAUGAGGAAAAGAAUGACGACGAUAAAGAGAGCGACGAUGACGACAACGACGACGACGAUGACGACGACGACGACGACGACGACGACAACGACGACGGCAACGAUGAUCUCGAACGUUUCCAUCCUCGUCUUCAUCAGCGAUUCUAUGAUCGGCGAUCUUGCAGGAGCGGCGACGUUAACGCUCGUGUCGAUGCCGACCAUGUCGAGGUUCAUCAAACCGAGACGACGACCGUACAGUCUCUCAUACGAACCUCGACCACCACAACCACAACAGCCAACACCACCACCACUACCAUCGCUAACCCCUCCGUCGUCACUGCCAUGGCGAGAAGAUGCAAAAUUCCACCCUACUUUGCGACGAUAUUACUACUUUCCUACACUCUGUUUGGUAUAGCAGAUGCCUGUUCGUCGCGCUCAACGCCAAAACCAAGGCCGCCCACGCCGACGGAUCGGCCGAACAUCACAUUCCACAUGUAUACGUGUCCGCAGGAUUACGCAGAUUGGUAUUGCUUGAACGGUGCCACGUGUUUCACCGUUAAAAUUGUCGACUCCCUCCUGUACAACUGUUUAUGCGCGAAUGGAUAUAUCGGGCAGAGAUGCGAAUUUAAAGAUUUGGAUGGUUCCUAUUUGCCCUCACGGCAACGAGUAAUGCUGGAGACAGCCAGUAUCGCCGGUGGUGCCACAAUAGCAGUAUUCCUCGUCGUUAUCAUUUGUAUAGCGGCUUACAUUCAUUGUAAGCGAAAACAAAAGGAAUUGCGAUCGAGCAGUAACGUCGACACGGUAGACGGUCCUGGUCGAGAUCUAGAGCUGAGGCCGUUUAGCAACCGCAGCCGCUCUCUAAUGAUCUUUAUGGCCAAGAAUCCUAACAGCUCGGCGACGAUAGAGCAGACGAGAAUGCCGAGCUGGAAUUGCUCAGAAGCGGAAUCAAUGAGGAUGGCAUCCAUCAGCGAAAGUAAGCAUCCGAGUCAAUAGCAAACUACCUGACGCGUCCACAUACGACGCGUUCCGCUGCGACGAUUCAUUAUCGACAACACGCGAAACAUACGAAAUAUCGUCGAAUAAAUAUCGAUGAUAGUAAGAGAUAUAUCUCGAGAUAGCAGCGGCCUUUAGUAGCUUUUAGUAGCGAACUUGUUGGCAAUAUCCAUUUGAUUCAAAACAUCUUAACGCGGUGCUGAGAAAACAAAGCGAGUCAAGUACGUUGAAUACAAUUUCUGAGCUGAUGACACAUGUACCGAGACGACGCAUAUCGGCUCCCUUCGAUCCUCGUGUCGAGACAUUCCCGUAUUGCCGCACUCGAGUUCCCCGAGUUUGAUUCGAAGGGACGUUCGACGCUCGUCGAUUACCGCGUGAAUUCCUUCCAACGAGUAUCUCAAUGAUUCAUUCGCGGAUCAAAUCUUUUGAUUGAAAAAAAAAGAAAAUAAUGAAAAAUACCUCGCAUACAAGAAAUGUGAUGUUCGAGAAAAAAUAUUUCCGUAUUAUUUUUUUGAAAGUGACAGGUACCAUCGAAUAUUGUCUUCAUGCAAAUCUUAAUAUCGCGUUUAGUAUUGUAGCAAGUCAUUAUCAAGAUAAAAAAAAAUGAAAAAGAGAGAUACAUGCAUCAGUUGUAAAAGUAGUGCCUUUCUACUCUCUUUCGUAAGAAAGCAAGACGUGUAGCUUCGAUACGUUUGAUCGGAAAAGAUCAAAUAGAAUGACUCGUUUAUCUGUCUUACAUCCGCGACGAGCGUCGUUCAACGACAGAUCGCUGUGUUAUUAUGAGCGCAGGACGCUGACACGCUAGUAACAAACAAAUCUUCUCGUAAAACACGAAAUUGAUAGCCGAAAAUCGCUAAUAAUAGACAAGAUAAAACCUUUUGAUGCUUGGUACAUGCUAUCCGUAUUUGACAACAAACACUAAAAGACUUGAUUUGCCCCUGGAUAAUGAUGUAUCAAUGAAUUAUAGACGCAUUCCACUUAACGUCCGCAACGUUCACGAUAUCAUUUCAUCCUUGUCAUUCAACAAAAGUUAAACAAAGAUAAAUGAUGCUCGUGAGCGUUGCGGUCGUUAAAUGGAACGCGUCUUAUGAUAUCUCGCGACAUUCGCCUUGCGAACAUCUAAUACAUUGCGAUUUUACUAUAGUUUGCAUUGUAUGCUUAUAAUAGGCUCCUCCAAAAUAAUCUUUGUGAAUGCGUGAUUAAUCGUACCAUUAGUAUCAAAGGGUUAAUAAUGAACAUAUGUGUCUUAUAUGUAGAAGUCUCUAGGAUUUAAAUUUAAAUUAUAUAAAUCCGACGUCUUACCAGAAAGCAAUAGUUUCCUAAGCGCAUAUGAAAUACAUUUUGCCGCUCAAAAUAAAUAUGCUAUCUAUUUAAUAAUUGGUUAGAAAAAUCUAUCGACGUCAGAUCGCCAUCCGACGUUUAUUGUUACGUAUUGACAAAAUAUUUUCUCAACACACUUUGCUCUUAAUGAAAUAUUGUUUAAAAUAAAUCUUAGGCAUAUGGAAUAUACACGCAAUGAUAUACUAGUAGUGAAAUCAAUCUUUAUUUCUAUAUAUCUAUAUAUAACUACGCAUCUGUAAAAGACAGAAUAUGUCAUUAAAGAAAGAGAGAGAGGUAGAAAGUAGAAAAACAAAUAUGCUAGAAAAAUUAAUUCAAUGACUUUAUAUAAGCGCUGCCCAUAAUUUACUAAUUUCAUAAUAGAAAAACUAAUUAUAUUUCGUCUGUGUGCUUUACAGAAAGAAAGUUGAAAAUUUCUCGCCCAUUUAUCUUCCAUAUUCAUCUUAUUUUCAAAAUAAUGAAGUAAAUGUGGAAUGAGAUAUGUAGUACAUGUAUGAUUCUGCAAAAUAUUAAUCUCAAUCAUUUUUUAUUGGUACUUGUUCUAUACAAUAAAUAAUACAUCAAAUAAAUAAAUAUAUCGAUUAUUGCCAAAUCGAUAUUGUCAAAAUAAAAGAAAAUGCUAUAUCCAAUCAUAUUGAUCAUGCAUCAUUCUCGUUUCAUUACUUAUUUAUUUAGAUAAAAAAGACUUGAAUUUUUCUCUGAUUACAUACAUAAUUGCUAUAAGAUUUAUUUAUGAUUUUUUUUACACAUAUCAUUUGUAUUAUUCGAACCUUCCAACUUUCAGAUUACUUGAUUUCUAAUUUAAGCAACAUUAGAAAUGCUAUUUUAAGAUGCAAUAGAAUGGGAUUAAUAUGUUUUCUUGGACAUAGCUUGAGGCUGGGCCUCUUUGUCAUUUCAGCUUCUUGUAAAUAGUGAAUUAUUCUAUGUUAAAAUAAUCACGGAUCUUCGAUAAUAUUGACUACAAUAACAGCAACAUUUUCGUCAUACUACAUUGUAUUACAACCUAUCAUGGUACUUUAUUGUAUCACGCUGUGCUUAAAAAAAAAAAUUGAAAUGCAUAUUUUUAUAAUUAUAUAAUUCGUCCAAAGUAUAUUCUAACAGUGACAGAGGAGGUGCUGAAGACAUUAAACGACAUUUCAAUAAUAAUUUAUAUAUUUGUAGGUGUUCUCGAGAACAUAAAAGAACAGCUUUUCUAAAUGCUUUGUUUCCUGUUUUUCAUAUUAAAUCAUGCACCCAUCUGUCACUCAUCGCUUCGAAAUACAUUUAAUAAUAAUAAUAAUAACAACAACGACACACAAACGUCUCUCUAUUCGAACUGUUCGAAAUUCCUGCUUAGUGCAGAAGAAGAGAGAAUGAGAGAACGUAAAGAAACGAAAGCGUGGCCUAAACAUUUACAAAACGAAUAUAACAAAUAGUAUCUUUUUAAUGUAUAAAAGUUAUCAUUAAUAAUAGUUAUCAUUAAUAAAAGUGUAUUCUAAUUUAAUUUUUCAUAUUUCAUAUUGUAUACGUGGUUCCUAAUUUAUUACUAUUAUUAUUAUUAUUAUUAUUAUUAUUAUUAUUAUUAUUAUUAUUAUUAUUUUAUUACUAUUAUUAUAUGCUUUAUUAAUAUAAUUAAUUAUUAUGACAAUUAAUUAUUAUUAGAAAUUAUUCUUAGUUUAACGUGUAUCGAUAAAACUAAUCAUUAAGGACUUGUUCAAGGAGGAAUGUGUGAAAUUGCAGUAUUGAUACAAAUGUUGAGAAUGGAAUGUGUAAUGUAUCACAUUUAAACUUAAAACACAUUUCUCAGAUAAAACUAGCGGAUGAUACGAAAGAACAAAAUUGUCUGUUUUUAAUUUGAGCGCGUGUUUGAAAUUAAUUAUAAAAGAUUUAUUUGUAAAAUAUUUGCUGUAACAUAUUAAUAUCAUACAAUUACAGUCAAUGUAUGCAGCUAGAUAAAACCACAAAUGUCCUAAAUACAAAUGCACAUAUUACAUUUCCUUCCAGAUUCAAUAUGAUAAUUGAUUACUGCAGAUUUAAUGAACAUAGAUUAUAUAUACACAUAUAUCUGUACAAAUUAAUUUCAUCGUUAGAAACACAGUAUAUACUGCGAGAAAACGGUCGCACGAUCUCCUCUUGAGAAGAGAAUAUACAUGUUAUUGUUACAUUAAAAAGACACGUUGUUGCUUACAAAAUAAACUUCUCUUUUGUGCCUCCAAUACAAAGACAAAGAUUUGUAGAUUACUUAUAGAAAAAAAGAAACUUUUCGCAUAGUACUCAAUAAGUAUCUUAAUAAGUUAAUAAAUCUUAAUAAAUUAAAGAUAUUUUGAUGAUAUUUAUAUAUACAAAAAAAAAUUUUGUAUUAGAAAUCUUACAUUUAUAUUCGAACAAAUUUUUUACCAAUAAAACAAUAAUAGAGUCACAAAAGUACAAAUUUCUAAAAUGUGUAUGUAUAUAAAGCUUGUUAAAAAAGAACGAAUGUAUAACAAAAUAAUAACUGGCUAAAAAUAUUACUCAAAAUGGUAUACUACGUUUCCAUAGUAUAAAAUAUAAUACAUUUGAAAUAUAUUUACGAUUUCAAACAAAUAUGUGUAUAAUAUGUAAUGUAUAUAUGGAUUAAUGCAAAUUAUAAGUUCCGAUUUGUCCUAUAGAAAUUUGCCAAUUAUUAUAUUUAAUCAAUUAUGAUAGUUUUCAUUGUUGAAAAAUUAUUCGUUCUUUUUAACAUUUUUUAUAAUUCCUAUUACAAUUUAAAAACAUAAUCUACACACGCGCGCGCGCGCGUUUUUUUUCUUUUUUUCUUUACACUUGCCUGACGCUUUUGUUUCUUUCGUGUCAUCCAAUUUUGGUUAAUUGGUCUUUUCUCUCAUUGAAUGCUUCUUUUCUGACUCGGUCAAAUUAGUCAAGCGAGAAAGAGAGAGAGAGAGAGAGAGAGCGUCAUUUUUAUUAUAAUUUAUAUCGUGUACAUUAUCGUCAUCAGCGAUUAUACGAAGUAUUAUAAUAAGCAAUUUUAAAAGAGUAUACGUAACACGAUCAAUUAAUGUACCAAUGAUGAUUUGGCAUUUUAGCACAUAAGACAGCAUCGCGUAUUGUAUUCCGCGCGCAAAAAAGACUUUAUAUUUUACAUGAAAUACAUGUAAAAUAACGACACCAAAGUGUCAUCCAAAAAAAUUAUAUUUUCUUUGCGAUAGUUUUACAACUAUUUCAUAAUAAUUUGGAUAAAUAACAUUAUUUAAAUUAUACCGUAUUAAUUACAGAGAAAUAAUCACUAUUAAACGAUAUCGUAUUUUUAUGUAUUUUAAGACGAAAGGAUACAUUUCGCCAAUUGAAAUUAUUAAAAAUUUUUCAUUCCUAUAAAUUCAGAUGCAUCGCACAGAUAUACUAAAACUACAUUGUAAUAUUUACUGCCGGUAUUGAAAAUCUAUAGUGUACAUAUGACAUAAAUUAUACAUUUUCUGGCAGUUAAUAUCAAAACGCAGCAAAAUCUCUUAUUUCUAAAGCCACAACUGAAUCUAAAUCUCACAUAAAAAUCUAAUGUGUAUGUGUGCGUAUGUGUGCGUGCGUGCGCGCGAGCGUACGUGUGCGUGUGUGUGUGUCUACAUACACACAUAUACAUUAUAUACACGAAAAUAAUAUUCGUCGUCACAGUUUUAUAGUUUUUUUUUUUAUUAAUUCCUUAUUCUCUCUCUCUUUAUACAUACACAUGAUACUAUCGAUCUUGGAAUUUUAUUCAGAAUUUCGUGAUAAAAUCAAAAUAUCCUAAUAUUUAUUCCGCGUCACUAUUUCUCGCACAUUCUUAGAAAUAAUAAUCUCGUCUGUAUAAUGUUCGAGAAUUCGGAAAUAUUUUUCAAGCGCACUUUAUGACAGCAGACAAUGUGAUGGGUACCCUCAUCUGAUAUACCAAACUUCCACAGCAUGUAGUAGCAUGCUGUCCGAUGUUAAUAAUGUACCAAAGACAUCGAUUAACUGGAAGAAUUAGUUGUUUAACGUUAGAGAUGAAAACAAGAACGCGCGUGUGCCAAAAAGAAGAAAAAGAGAAAACAGAAUAAAUUGAUGAAAGAAAAAAUAUUCAAAUGAAAUUUUAACAAAACAAAAAAAAGAAAUAUUAUACUGCUCGGCAUCGCAUCUAAAAUAUAUUGUUAUUAUUUAUAAAGAAAUCAUGUAUACAUAAUACAUGUACUAACUUGGCGUGCUCGUGUGGUUGGAAACUUUUACGAUAUAUAUGUUGAAAAUUAUCUAUAUUAUUACUAUUAUUAUUAUUAUUAUUAUUAUUAUUAUUAUUAUUAUUAUAUUAUAUUAUAUUAUCUAUUAUUAUUAUUACUAUUAUAAAUAUACUUUUAUUAUCUUUCUCA